UCCGUCCCGUCCUCUCCGCUCCCCUCACCCCGCCUCUCUCCCCGUCCUCCAGCCCCUCCUCUCCUCACCCCACCCUCCCUCCCUUCCUCCGCCUGCUGGCCCGGCGCUCGCAGAGCUGACUCCAGGGGGGCUCUCGAUGUAGCACCAUGACAGGCAUCGCCGCCGCCUCCUUCUUCUCCAAUACCUGCCGAUUCGGGGGCUGCGGGCUCCACUUCCCCACCCUGGCCGACCUCAUCGAGCACAUCGAGGACAACCACAUCGAUACAGAUCCACGUGUGUUAGAAAAACAAGAAUUACAACAGCCAACCUAUGUUGCCCUCAGUUACAUUAAUAGGUUCAUGACAGAUGCUGCCCGCAGGGAGCAGGAGUCCCUGAAGAAGAAGAUUCAGCCGAAGCUCUCGCUGACCUUGUCCAGCUCAGUGUCUCGAGGGAACGUGUCCACUCCACCUCGUCACAGCAGCGGCAGCCUGACUCCCCCGGUGACCCCGCCCAUCACCCCGUCCUCCUCCUUCCGCAGCAGCACCCCUACAGGCAGUGAGUAUGAUGAGGAAGAGGUGGAUUACGAGGAGUCGGACAGCGAUGAGUCCUGGACCACAGAGAGUGCCAUCAGCUCUGAAGCCAUCCUCAGCUCCAUGUGCAUGAAUGGAGGGGAAGAGAAGCCUUUUGCCUGCCCGGUUCCUGGGUGUAAAAAGAGAUACAAGAAUGUGAAUGGCAUAAAGUACCAUGCUAAGAAUGGUCACAGAACACAGAUUCGUGUCCGCAAACCAUUCAAAUGUCGCUGUGGUAAGAGUUACAAGACAGCUCAGGGCCUGCGGCACCACACAAUCAACUUCCACCCCCCGGUGUCGGCUGAGAUUAUCAGGAAGAUGCAGCAAUAACACGCUGGUCGUAACUGUGCCAAGAAAUCCUCACCAGCAGUUGCUGAUUUUGAAUACAGCCACCUUUUUGCAGGGGAAGCAUUCAGCAACCCUUUAAAGAAUUAAAUGCAUGCUUUAAAUUUUUUCUGUAAUUUUGGAAUGAUGUAUCUUUGUAGAGUUAAUGAUUUUGUACAUUUGCACAUGUAAUCAUCAUACCCAUUUUCAUUACUUCAAUAUAAGGUGCUAAACAAAAAAGCUCUAGGUUCUUCACAUUUCCCCCAAAACAAAAUAAAGUUGAGGGCAUGUUA